GGUGUCGUCUCUAAGGAUGGGUUGUGUUGGACUCAGGUGGGUCGGACUCGGUACCCCUGGUGCCGCCUCAGGCCCAUCGGGCCGGCCGCAUGCCAGACUACACCCGGAACCGGCAGGGUGACGAGGGCCAUGAGCUGCGAGUGGUGAUGAACACUAAUGACCCAGACUAUCAGCACAUCUACUCCAUAGAGAGCUACGAUGACCCACUUGCAGAGGUCGUUGACCUCCCCCCCCCAGUCAAUCAGAGCAAAGGUGAAGUAGUUUCCGUUGAUCCCUUGAAAGUUGUGAGGCCCAAGCGAGAGGCGGAAGACCCUUGCCUGCUCCCUCUGGAGGAGGGGACUUGUUCCCGCUUCACGCUGCGCUGGUACUUUAACUCUGCCGUCCGGGCCUGCCGACCCUUCGUGUACAGCGGCUGCCAAGGCAACGCCAACCGCUUCACAGAGUUAGAGGAGUGUGAGCAACAAUGUCUGCUAUGAGGGGUUGAACCAUCAGGAUAUGGCUGAUAACUGUCUGCGUGUACAUGAAGUACUUCUUUCAUCAAGGUGCUAAGGAGUUCCACAUCAGAAUCUUCAGAGCCUCCCUCAAGUUCUCGUGUCUUUAUUUAUUGUAUGAUGAUAAAUAUAACAUAUUAGGAGCAGUCAAUAGCAUUUCAUAUAAAUACAUACAGUAGAAACACAGACGUGAAAGACCUCCAAAUACAGAGACUUGCAAACUUUAAAAGCUAAACUUCUGAAUGGCCAUUGAUGUUAGUAAUGGAUCUAUCAUCUGGCCUCCAUUCUUCUGUUUAAAAUGGAACCAAGCUAAUCUUAACACUGUUAACAAAUCAAUCAAAAUUGAAAAAUGAGGCAAAGUGUUGUAUGUAUAGAAAGGAUCUGUAAUGUACAUAAUCUUCAAGAGAGGACAUACCUCAUGGGACUCAAAUUUUUAUAAUUGCAUGUUGCAUUUUUUAUAUAUAAUAAAGUAUCAGAUGUU